AUGAUCCGGUACAACCACCUGAAGGGAGAACGAACUAACACCCAGAGAAAACCAUUUUCCAAAGGCACGCUACAGCCCUACACUGCUGCCUUGCUUCACCUUGCCAGCAGCCCCAGAAGCCUGGGUUGUAACUGUUUAAACGAGGAGCAGACAGCGGUUCAGAGCAACUCAGACUGGUGUCGGUGGUCUCGGACAAGGCUCCAGGGACUCCGCGGCCACCACGCCCGCGCGGGGCUGGCCCCGUCGCCCUGUUCUCACGGGCUGAGCCCCAGGGAGGCAAGACCAGGCCACCGAGGCAAAGCGCUGCCAGGAUCCCAGCCCCUCUCCUCGCGAGGAGCCCGGCGCGCCCCGCCCGCGUCUGCACCAGCCGCUCACAGCCACACACGCCCCGGCGCCCUCCAUGCCGGGCCGGGGGCGGCACGCGCAGCCUGGACCCCCGACCCUGCCCGGCGCGGCCUCGCCGCCCCGGUCCCCGCCUCGGGGGGUGCGGGGGGCCCGGGGCCGGCUCCCUGCUGCGGGGCUGCGCCCACCCCCCGAGCCGCCCGCCGCUCACCCGCGACCCGGCUCCCGCUCAGCUCCGCCUCCCGCCCCCGGCGGCGACUUCCGGUCCGCCCGCGGACGCCGUCCGCCUCUGCCCUCCGGCGCCGCACGCCCGCGCCCGCGGGUUCCGAGGCUCGCGCGUUCCGGGGCACACCCUCCGCGGGCCCCCGAACCCCACCCGCCCUUUCCGCGCCGAGAGCAGGGGGCAGGACCUGCGGCCUGGACUCGCAGGGGGCGCUGAGUAGCCGGCUCUGGAAGCCUGGGGGUCUCCAUCAGCGCUGA